UAUAAACGGCUGUCAACUGUCAUGAAAUUGUGGUAGAAUUUGUUCUCUUGUCAUACAGAAAAAAUAAAACGAUUCAGUGAUAAAUUCCAACCCAAGAAUCAGAAAAUGUCAAUGUAAAAUUAUCACAAUGGCACAAAAUUUACAGAAAAAGCCCUCUAAGGGCAUAUUGAAGACCUCAAGAAGUGUUGACGGACAGGAUACGGCGGCUUCAGGGGCGCCAUCAACUAGCAAGCGAACGAAAGAGCAAAGAUUCGACGAGAUGAAUAUUAUGGAAACAUUUCAUCCGGCGAACAAGGAUUAUGGUCAUAUGAAAGUGGACGAGCCUAAGACUCCUUAUUCAGAAGCCGUGGACGGUGACUUGGUGCCGACUGACGAAUUAGACGCUAAUAUAUUGGCCGCCAAACUAGCGGCGAGUAUGAAUAAGCCGCCAAAGUGUGUGGAAGCCGAAGCGUCUGCCAGUGACGAGGACAUGGAGGAACCUGAGGAGGAACGCCGAAAGAGAAUUGAGUUUGAAAAGAAGCGGAAAAUGCACUACAAUGAGUUCCAAGCACUACAACUAGCGCGGCAACUGAUGGCACAAGAAGAAGACGAAGAUGAGGAUCAACCUGAACAGCAUAAAACCUGACUGCAGCACAUGCAAGCACUUGUACAUAACAUGCACCAAGGCUUCGAGCGAGCAUCGACCACUGCGUACACCAAGGAGUACCAACUCGAGUUAAACCAGGGAUACAUUAACACCUGCACAUCAUUAUACACUAUUUAGUAUAUCUCAUCAUUGUAAUCUGGACAUCUCAAGUGAUCAGUGAUGAUCCAAGUGGUGCCUCAUCCCGUUAAUGUACCCCUGCCUUUAUUUAUGUCUACAAUUAUUAGAAAUCUUUAUUCAGGGUUAAUAAUGGUUUUGGUGAAGUAUCAUGUAGUGUCUUACAAUAUUUUGCCUUUACUAAAAAGGUCGAAUUUGAAUGAUCUUUGUGUUCAUUAACACAAUUACGUUGUGAUGAGCUCAAAUACUCGGGUUUUACCACAUAAUUAAUUGUUGAAAGCACAGUGGGUACAUUAUAAAAAUCAUUUAAAAUGGCUUUUGCCAAAAGUAACAUUCAUAAACAGUAACACUCCCAAUAUUUAUUACUAUAUUGCAAUUAUGUAAGUAGACUUUAACUUAUAAAUUGGGCUAUGAUAAGGUUUUUGUAAAGACCAAUUGGAGAUACAUAUAACGCCUUUUACAGCAAGUAUAGUCUAUAACAGUUAAAUUGUCUCUAAAUGUCGCCAAAAUUACAACUUGCUGUUAAACUAGAUAGCGCAAUAAAUAUUUAUUCUGAAAUAACCAACACAGGGGCAUUAAACAAAAUUGCUUGUUACGUAAUAGAUGGAGCACUACAAAUGAACAAUUCACAAAAACCUAUUAGGUCAUGCAAGCUGUUAUGUUAACAGCUCUUGUGUCGUGUUAUCUUAUAAUAAAAAUCGGUUGCAUACUUUCGUAAGAGUUAGUAAAUAUUAUACGUAAUAAGUUAAAUGAUAGUUGUAAACUUAAAUAUGACACAAUGUGUUCUUAAAAUACGCCCUGGGCAUCGCAUGUUCCUUUCGGAGUUUCAAAUGAAUUUUAGAUGUGCUAACACAAAUCAAGGUUGUUACCAAAGCGAAUUAUUAACCAUGUACUAAAAAUGUUUCAUGGGGCCCUGUAUACUGAGCCAUUAUUAUUUCUCAUCACGAUUCGACGUAGUCUGGCUUUUUCGUGACAAUACUAGCAAUAAAAAUGCCAUAUUUACAACAGCCCAUAGAACGUAGAUCAAUACUGUUAUAUUGUAUGUAUAGACACAGUGAAAGAUAUGUGAUAUCAUUGAUUACUUUCUGAUUAGGCUAUAGUUCACUCUACAAUAAAUACAUAGUAUUAUAAUGUAUGAAUAUCUUGAAACUUAUUCUAGUUGCUUUAUAACUUGUAAAACACAGAGAGCUUGAAGCCAGACUUUCUAAUAUAUUUCACAGCAAUGUAUUUUGACUAAUAUAUUUUAUUCUGUAGGUUAGAACAGUGUCUUUGAUUUUGGUAAAUGUUAAGAAAGCCAAGUCCUCGCAUGCUCCCGCAGUUUGUUCAACAUUUUAGCAAUCUAACUUCCAUUUCACAUGCUUCAGCAGCUAGAUUUGAAAAUAAAAAUUAAGCUAUUAGAAACUUUUUUAAAACAAAAGUAUUCUAUUUAAUUCUAAAACUAAUCUAAUUAUUAUUGAUUUAAAUGCACACUUUUGCAAUAUUUGUUUUCAAAUCUGCCUGUCAGACAUGACCACUUAGAAUUAAUAGUUAUAAUGUCUUCUUUUACAAAUAAAUAAGUAUAUAAAGUCAUUUUACAAAGUAUAUGAGAUGAAAGAAUAUAUAUUUAUAUUGAAAAUAUAUCUUUACAUUGUAUUGUUGAAGGUAAUGUCGUUUUGUACUCGACAGCUGACCCGUGGUUACAUUUUGAUGUAAUUUUUUGUAUACUAUGUACUUAUCAUUAUGGAGCUAUGUGCCAAGAAAUUAUAUUUUGCGCAUAAAUUGUGUGAUUUUGAGAAUCUGCUUCUGUCUCGAAAGAUUACUUGAUUUUCUUUACUUUUUAGAUUCCUGUUGUAAUAAGAUCGGAAAGUUAAGUGCAGUUUAAAAUGAUACUGAUUGAUGAAAUAAUAAAUGCAAUGUUAUAAACUUAGUUGUUUUGUAAGUAGGUGUCUAAAUAUGAAGGAGCACGUCGCAAAUACUUAACACUACUAACUUAGCAAGCAAUAAUGUCUAAAUUAUAUAUUAAAUAUAUUAUGACUAGUCUAUUAGACUGCUGUCUGUGACGUAAUAUUAGUUGUGAGUACCUAAGUCUGGACAUAAUUAUGUUUAAUCACAUAAAUUAUCGCGAUAGUUAGAUAGAAAUACAAUAAAAAAUUAGAUAUAAAUGUUCCGAGGUCGGUAUAGACUUGUUUCGCUAUCAGACGUAGACAUAAACGUAUGUAUUAGAAGUUCUACUGAUUGGAAAACCUCAUUUCUCCUGAUACGCGAUGCCCAAGUAUAUACCUACGUGACUUAUAUGAUAAGAAAAUGAAAAAAGUAUGUAAUAAAAUAGACGCUUUGUUAAAUUAUAAAUUACAGGGCUUGUAGAAAAUUAAAUAAAAGUUUUAGAAUAUAUUUUUGAAUGUACGAAUUGAAUAUUUUCUAUACUUAGCAAGAUAGAAUGCGAGGUAACAGUUUGUUGUUUAAGUAACAUUUAUGAAGAUUUAAUUCACACUGAGUACUGAAUAUAGCACAAUGGUAUUUAUUUAUUCAUGCUAUAUAACAUCUGAAUGUGUUUUAAUUAGGAAUGUAAUUAUUGUUUCUUUUGAUAAAUUUUUAUUGCCAUGUAAUUUAUACCUAUUAAUUUUGUUUUUACUUGUUUCAAUGGUGUCGAUGCUCGUGCUGAGAACAAUGGGUGCCUACACUUAUUUAUUGGUGCAUUUAUCACAAAUGCAAUGAAUUCAUGAGUUUAACAAAGUAAUUUCAGUGUGAAUUAACAUCAAUCUGGCAUGUGUUUAUGAAUGCUCAUUAAUUUUAAAGUGUUUAUAAAAUCAAUAGCACAUUUCAAAUCAUAUUUACUUAUACAUUUUAAAAUGUCUAGACGUCGUUCCUUUGCUAAUACUUUCAAUCUUUGUCGCUGUCUUGUGGCUUCAUUAUUUUUUAGCGUGCAUUUAAUAUUAUUCUAUUAUAUUGUGCCGUGUUUUAAGUGAAUUUAACUUUUUUGCUCGUUAGAAGCCAUGCGACAUCGUCUACGGGCCAAAUAUUUAUAAAUCGCUUCGUGACUUAUGUUUCGCGUGUGUAUGUCGAAUAGUUUUGUGUAUUUUUACUACUUAUAACAAUAAUAUACAGAGCAAUAUUUAUAAAAUAUUGUAUUAUUCGUUCACACAUACCGUACAUUGGCCUUAUUCGAAAUUAAGUUGUUGCAUUUUAUAAUAGCGAUUGUACAGCGGCUUUUCCUAAAGUGUAUGUGUAAAUAGUAAAUAAAAUGUAAUACUUUA